CAAAUUUCUGUUAGUAACCAGAAAUCUUGGGUUCAGUUAUUCACGUUUCUUUCAGUGAUUAGGUCUACCCAAAGGUUUCAUUUGUGUGUAGUUGUAAGUUUCUCGGUUGGGGAGUCGUCAUCAGCAAAGGCGUUUUAUAGAGCUGCAACGUAACUCAUUAAUCACAUGCAUGUGCGUUACUGAGGCACAUCUUUUGUAUGCAGUCUAGUUAAAUUAAAUGACUGUUCAAGCAUCAUUGAGACUCACACAUGCGAGUUCCUGUUGGAAAUUUUGAUAUGUAUUGCAAAUUACCCACCACUUGAUUCAUCAUAACUGAUAGCUUUCUUGAGGUUUUAAUCAAUAUAGUUUUGCACUAUGAACCCAAAAAUAUUCUAACUAUACUACAUGUGAUAUGUAGCCAAGUGUUUUCUGGUCUUUGAAUCAUAUAAUAUCAGUUGACUGAUAAAAUUCGAAUAGCUGUAAAAUCUGUUCAGUCACUUAUUUAGAAACUUAUUCAUUACUUAGCAGGAUAUUGGUAAUUCUGUAGGCGAUAUAUUGGAUUGUCCCUUAUCAUCUUUCAGUUUGUUGUCACUUAUCGUCACCUCUAAUCUACACUUACCUUUGUUUAUAGUAGAAUGGCUGAAAAAGCAGACGAUCUGUAUCUGCCGAAUGCAGUACUUCUUCGGAUUAUCCGUGAUUCUUUACCUGAACGUACUGUAGUCAGUCGAGAGGCGCGUUCAGCUAUCAGCAAGUCAGCUAGUUCAUUUAUCCUUUAUGUAACAUCAUUGGCUAGUGUACACUGUGAAAAAGCUAAGCGUAAAACACUAACAGGGAAUGAUAUAUUAGCUGCUUUGAAAGAAAUGGAAUUUGGUCACUUCAUACCAGCUUUAAAUACAUUUUUAAGUAAGUAUCGUGAACAAGCAACCAUAAAAAAAACAAAUAAACGCUUACACAGUGAGAUUGAAGAAGAGAAAACAAGUGAUAAUUCCAUCAAGAACACACCAUCUUCAUCAUCAGCGUUGUCUACAAGUCAUCUGAAACACCUAGACACUGAUGUUGCAGUCGUUAGUUCUUCGGAAGUCGAUGAAAAUGUCGACGAUGACGAAGAAGAAGUGGACGAUGUAGAUGAUGACGGAGGAGUAGAAGAAGAAGAAGAAGAAGAAGAAGACGAUGAUGCUCAUUUGGAAGGUGAUGAUUACUCUGGUCAGAUAGUUGUUGAUGACGAUAACAGCUCUCAAAAAACAGAGGCCUUGAAAGAAAAUGAAGAUUCACUUUGA